AUGGCGGAGGAUGAAGGAUUACAACUAAGACCUGUGGAGGCUGAGAAUUCCAACAUCAUCACGGAAGCGUACAGUUUGGUAUCAAUUCUGCAGACAUAUCUUAGAAUUAGCCAAGGAAGGGUUAUAAUGGAUAGUUACUUCCAGAAAUUUCGUGGCGUGCUUUUUACGAGCCCUCUUCGAGUCGUCAAGCAUGUAUUUGAAGGAGAAGGACUAUGUCGUAUCAGUUUGAAAGUUGAAUGGAAUUCUGAUAUGGGACCAAAUCAGUUCGAAAAUGACGUCUUCGGCAUAAUCAUUGACAGCAAUGGAAAGGCUGUCGCUGUGACUAAUCGACAUAGAGAGAAUGUAAGUGUACUUUAUUUGAUGCAACGGAUUUUUCCUUGAAU